AUGUCGAGUCUCAAAGUUGUGGAAUCCUCGCUAACAGCUAAGCAGGUGACUGGAAGAAGAAACAUAUCUUUGGAAGCUAAGGAGAAGCUUUUGACAUGUCAAGCGGAGCUUGAACAUUGUGGAACCCAGAUUGAAAGUUUGGAACUGGCUACGAAAGAGGCAAAUGAGAGAAGGAGCAGUGGGCACAGCAAGAGGAGCAAAAGUCUCGUGGGCGUCUUGCUGUACUCCGAAGGAGAGUGGUGGCUUGGGAUUGAGAAGGCUCGCGGAUUGGAACAAGGUCCUGGGAUUAAAACUGAUUUGGCUCCUGUUUACCUCAGCUGGUUCGCUUUGGGUGUCUUGGGUCAGGCUCACAUGAUCCAGGGCAGAAACUUUUGGACGAUGGAUUAUAGUCGCUCGGGUAGUUGGAUCUGGAAACAGUUGUGCAGACUGAGACCGUUGGCAAGACUUUUCCUGGUUUGUGAAGUGGGGCGAGGUUUAACGGCGAGCUUUUGGAUGGAUAAUUGGACUGGUUUGGGUCCUCUUUUAGAUUUGACUGGGGAGAGUGGUCCCAGAAUCUCAGGUCUUAAUGUUCAAGCUGUGGUUGCGGAGGCUAUAACAGAGGGACGGUGGUGGUUGGCAGGUUCUAGGUCUCGCAACCCUGUUAUUGCUCUUUUGAAAACUUGUCUCCCUCUUGUGGAUCAGAUCUGGUCGAGUGAGAGCGAGGAUGUGUAUCGGUGGAAGAUUGGAGAGAGUAACCCAUCGUCUUCUUUUCUGCUUCUCGUACUUGGGAAGCUCUAA